AUUUCUUUGUCUUUGUUUGGGAUGUCCUGGCACCCCCUGUACCGCAGCUCCAAGUUCCGGCACGUCUACGGCAAGGCCGCCAGCAAGGACAAAUGCUACGACUGCGUGCCCAUCACCCUCAGCGUCCACGACAACCACUUCUGCGCUGUCAACCCCCACUUCAUCGCGGUGGUGACCGAGUGCGCUGGAGGUGGGGCCUUCCUCGUGAUCCCCGUUCAUCAGACGGGCAAGCUCGACCCACAUUAUCCCAGAAUAUGUGGGCACAAAGGGAAUGUUCUGGACAUCAAGUGGAACCCGUUCAAUGACUUCGUAAUAGCUUCAUGUUCAGAAGAUGCCACUAUUAAAAUCUGGGACAUCCCCAAGCACUUGCUAACAAAAAACAUCACCAGUCCGAAGAAGGAACUUCUUGGGCACGUGCGAAGAGUAGGCCUCAUUGAGUGGCAUCCCACUGCCAGUAAUAUCCUCUUCAGCUCCGGCUAUGACUACAAGAUAAUGAUCUGGAACCUCGACACCAAGGAGGCUGUCCUCUCGAACCCGGUGAAGAUCCUCGACGCUCACAAAGAUGUGAUCCUCUCCAUGUCGUUCAACACAGACGGCAGUCUCCUUGCCACGGCCUGCCGGGACAGAAAUAUACGUCUGAUAGACCCUCGUGCAGGAGUAAUCCUACAAGAAGCCAGCUACAAGUCUCACAGAGUCAAUAAAGUCUUGUUUCUUGGAAACAUGAAAAAGCUGCUCUCUACUGGAACAUCUCGGUGGAAUAAUAGGCAGAUUGCAUUAUGGGAUCAAAAUGACCUUUCUGUGCCUUUAAUGGAGGAGGAUCUGGAUGGCUCCUCGGGGAUCCUGUUUCCUUUCUACGACUCAGACACACACAUGCUUUACGUUGUGGGAAAGGGUGAUGGAAAUAUACGGUACUAUGAGAUAAGCCCUGAGAAACCAUACCUGAACUACCUGAUGGAAUAUCGUUCUCCUUUACCACAGAAGGGAAUUGGAAUAAUGCCAAAGAGAGGCCUUGAAGUUUCUGCCUGUGAGAUUUUCCGUUUCUACAAGCUGAUCCCAACUAAAAGUCUGGUUCAGCCCAUCUCCAUGAUUGUGCCUCGACGGUCGGAGUCAUACCAGGAAGACAUCUACCCCUUGACUACUGGAGCGCAGCCAGCGCUGACAGCACAAGAGUGGCUGAACGGAGUUAACAAAGGGCCUCUGCUGGUAUCCUUGAGACCAGGCUCUGGAGCUGUGAAUUCCUUACCGCAGUUUCUUGAGCCAGAGCCACUCCAGAAAACUACAGCCCUAAGCCAAAACUGCGAUUGGGCAGGAAGGAUGCCACUGGAGGAGAAGCAGAAGCGGAGCGAGAUUCGAGACAGCAGGAACCAGCUAAAAGAGGAAGAGAUAUUGCUGAAAAAAGAGCAAAUGCGCUUGUCCAAUGGCUUUGACAUAUUUGAGUGUCCACCACCAAAAACCGAAAAUGAGCUCUUGCAGAUGUUUUACCGACAACAGGAAGAAAUCCGGAGACUACGUGAGCUGGUAAACCAGAGAGAUGUCCAAAUUAAACAGCUGGAGCUGGAGCUCAGAAACGUCUGCAAGGACGCACGCAGGUACUGAGGGCAGUGGCCUGCAGCCCUUGUACCGCUGGCAACUGCAGCUGACUCCAGUUCCUGCGGAGACUCUUUUUAGUUUUUUUGCUGCGGCAAGACUUAUGUUUCAGGCAGCAGUGCUUUCCUGGCUCACGGUGGUCACAUUUCCCCAAUCAUCAGCAGGCAGUUACUGACAGACUUGCUGCACUUCUUCAGGCUCCCUUUUGCUUGCCUGUCCACUCAUGUCGGAAGCUCAAGUGUUAAUGGUAGUGGAGACUUUGCAAAAUCUUGCUUUUCUGGUCCUGAGGAAGCCACCAGAUAAGCUCGAGGACCACAACCUGUUUUACUGCCCAUCUGUGAGGAUGGAGGAGUGGACGCAGCUUUUUUCCCCCAUCCCUAGACCCAGGAACACAGCUCCCGUGGCCACUGUCUGCCUGCCCUGCAAGACGACCCUGCAGCUGAGCUUCGGCAGCAGCUCUGGCUCCAAAGCGGUCCUCACGCACCCUUCUUGCCUCAUCACCCGACCUUGCACGUGUUUGGGCAAAGCCCUGACUGCCCCAGCCUAGUGCUGGGGGUCAUUCUCCCCAGCACUUUUGGUGAUAAAAGGAGAGUCGGUCUUUUUGGAGGCCCUGCUUUACUGGGCUGGUUCCCACUGGAGAAGCUGCAGGCGCAGCAGCGGUCUCCGGGUCCUCCAAGUCAGUGGCCUUGUUUCCCGACAGAGCUCUUCUCCUUCUGCCAAAGCCCAGCUGUGGUCACCCCUGGCGGUGGCCCUGCGGCGCUCGUCAGGCACAUGGGGAUAACAGCAAAAGCUGCACAGUCUUGGCCCAGGGAGCUGUAGGAGGGUUGCUGGGAAGGGUUAAAAGCAGCAGGAGGGAUGUUGGAUCCCCUGCCCGCUGCAGCCCUCAGCAACGGUGCUACCCACCGCGGGACCAGGGGACAGCCCCGAACAACCCUCCCUGGGUGUUGGGUUAUGGCACGUCCUUGUGCCCACGGCUGCUCCUUCCUUCAGGCCCAGAUAUCGGCGUCUCUUCCCGCUGCCCUGUGGCCAUGCUUGUCAGUGCCCGGCUUUCCAGCAUGCUGCCUUGCCCGGGGGUAGGGACAUGACACGAGGGGAGAGUGCUUGCAGCCCUAAAUGCCGAGGUCACAGAGAUGUCCUAACCCAGCAGAACAAGCAACCACUGUUUAACCUCUAUCUAUACAAAUCUGUUGCGAUGCAUGUAGGUUUCUCUGAAGCCUGAUGUUUUCCAAGAGGCUUAAAAUAAUCUGUGUAGACUGAAGCCCCUCCAAAGAGGGCUUCUUAGCAAGGGGACUAAGAGCUGUGCACUGCCUGUGCUCGUGCCAGAUUCCUAUCUGGUUACUGCUGAAAGCGGUAGCCAGCAGUGAGCUCAUGAGCGCUAAACGCUCGUAUAUGAGAAUCACAGAAAGACUUCAGCAUGCCUUUUGCUCUACUGCAGAGACUUCACCCAGCUUUCAAAAAUGUCUGUAUCGUGCAUUUCUACGUAGCAACAGCAUAUUUGGGUGCUAAAAGGUCACAUUUUUGUUUCCUUCUAAACGAGUUCUCUGUGACACUACAGAGAGGGGAUAGUCAUUCAGGAAAAGCCAUUUAGCACCAGUCACUUAUUUAACGCUUCGCUUUUUUUGUAAAAAAUAAGGGGAUAGUAAUAUAUUAAUAGCAAAGUUGUUGUUGAAACAAACUUCAGCUCAUUUCAAAAUGGACUUUCCUGAACCGUGGGAUCACUCUGCCAUACAGAGUUACCUGCAAAAGCAGCUCUCCCCAGAUACAAAGCUUUAAAGCAGUGCAUGAAUCUUACAAGGCCAGUAGUGGUCAGGCUUUCUCACCGAUAGGAAUAGAUGAGUAAGAAAGAAAUUGAGAAGCCUGUGAUUUUUUUAGCUAUGUCAAACAGGCCGUCAGCUUCAAACUUCAAAGCCAUUAUCACAGAGUGUAGCCACAGUGAUGUGACAGAAACACUCUUUGGUUUUCAAGGGAUCCUUAUCAGAUCAUUUGACACAACCUCAGCAGUCCAUGCGAUAUGGCAGUUUCCCUGACACCAUAUGUGUUUUCUGCACUGCCUUGUUUUUGCUUAUUUUUCAUACAGAAUAAAUUAUUUAAAUUAUUUCCAAGAUAAAGCAGUUUUUUUCCCAAGGGAUUUUUAUGUUCUCUUGCAAAUUGUUUCUUUGUUCGUGCUCUGGAUAGCGUAGAAACUGCUCAGCCACCGUGGCUCUCAGCUUAGAGUUUUGUUGAUUUACAGAAUAGAAGUUGCUUUCAUUUAGGCUUUGCUGGCAACCUUUAAAGGGGCAAAGACUACUUAAUCAGAACUUCAGUAGAACCUUUUCUUUUAGAUGGCAUGCCUGUAUAAGAGUAGACUUUGAAACGUGUUUCAAUUUGGAGCUGAAAUGUAACCAUAAAUCUUUUAGAGAGAGGAAAAAAAGUGGAGAAAAUGGAUUUGUGUGUUAAUGAACAGUGCCUAAAUAGACUUAAUUGAUCACUUCAGCAAUUUCUUAAAGUCCUUGUAAAAAAAAAAGUCUUUGUAAAAAAAAAAAAAAA